UUCCUCCCGUAAAGGUUUCACAUAAAGGUUAAAUGUUCUCUGUAAAGUGUAAACAACUUUGAUUGCUAGUGUACAAGUUGUUCAUUAUGAUUUUCAACUUGAUUUAGUGCAAAUUUUGUUUAAAAAAUGGAUGUGGACGAGCCACAAGUAAGUGAUGAGCCCAUCAAAGAGCAAGAGGCUGCAUCAAACAAGAUAAGUCAAAAGGAGCAUGAAACCACCGUUGAAACGAAAGAAUCCAAGGAAGAGUUUAAAAAGCCCUCAUUACAAACUCUUCAGAUACUUAAGGGCAAACACAAAGCACUGAAACCGACAGAAAAGCCUAACGCUGAGAUCACACAGGGACAAACUGAACCGGUCAAACAACCAAAACCUCUUCCGGUGAUACCCUAUGAAGUGCCUCCUUGGAAAGGUCUGCCUGUACAGCGGUACUACAUUGAGGAAUUGAAAAAUGGCACAAUCGUCAGAACGAUUGAAUUAAAUGACAAACCAUUUGUUUCUAUUGGUCGAGUAGAGGGCUGUAAUAUAGACAUGGCACAUCCAACAGUUUCAAGAUUCCAUGCCAUUCUCCAGUACCGUGGUGUUCCAGAUGGUGAAAAUGAAAAAGGAUUCUAUCUAUACGAUCUUGGAAGCACCCAUGGGACAUUUCUGAACAAAUAUAGGAUUAAAUCAAAAGUCUAUGUUAGAAUCAGGGUUGGCCACAUAUUGAAAUUUGGAGCAAGUUCCAGGCUGUUUUGCUUCCUUGGGCCUGACGAGGAUCAAGAGGAAGAAUCAGAUUUGUCACUCACAGAGCUAAAAGCGCAGAGGGAAGCGUUGAUCGAGGAAAGAAAAAAGAAGGAGGAAGAAGAAAAGAUGCGUGAAGAGCAAGAAAGGAAAGAACAAGAAAGACUUAUUGAAGAACGAGGAAUCAGCUGGGGCAUGGCGGAAGAUGCUGAUGAAGAAACUGACCUUUCUGAAAAUCCCUAUGCCGUUCUUACAAACGAAGAACUGUACAUAGACGAUCCUAAAAAGGCCUUGAGGAUGUGGUAUGAAAGGGAAGGUGAAGAACUUCAUUACCAAACGGAAAGAGCUGAAAAGGGCAUGUUUGUCAGUAAGUUAAUACUGCCUAUAGAUGAUGAGGAAGGAAAAGAGAUUACUAUUGAAACUUCAGCUAGAAAUAAAAAGGAAUCGCAGGUCCAAUGUGCAUUGGAGGCAUGUAGAGCAAUCGAUAAAAUGGGUCUCCUCAAGCCUUCCAAACAAGAGAGAAAGAGGGUGCAAAAACGAAAUUGGGAAGAUAACGAUUACUACGACAGUGAUGAGGACAGCUUCCUUGACAGGACUGGCGACCUGGACAAGAAACGUCAGAAAAGGAUGCUGAAGGCUGGCAAAAUUCAAGACACUGUCGAGACGUAUGAAUCCCUUAUGGAGAAGCAUAAAGCCACAUUGACAAAAAUUGAAAAAGCUGAGAACAAACUUCUUGAACUGACUAGUCAUUCUUCAGCUAAAAAUGUCAUCUCCGAUGAUGUCGACGCUUUGGAUGCGUAUAUGAUGUCUCUUAAGCAUUUACAACCUAAAAAACUAGAUAUAAAAAUUGCUAAGGAUGAACUACAUUUGCUAAAAGAAGAAGAAGUAAGACUCAGAAAGUUAGUUAAUAUAGCUAGGCCGACUAAUAUGCCAGAACUAGUACAACCUGUGAUAAAACCGAAACCAAAAGAGAAAACAGUUGUUCCCCCCUUGGCUCAUCAUCAACCAGUUAAAGUCAAUGAGAAUAAAGAAGAAAACAAAAAUGGCAAAGAACCUACAGAAAAAAAAUUACCAGAAAAUAAAACUGAAGAUGGAACUAAAAAGGUUAUUGGUCCAACACUUCCUCCUAACCUUACCAUAGUUGGUGACAAGAUUGUUGAAAAAGUGAAAAAGAAACCGCAGAAAAAAAAGACCGAGGAACAUGUUAUCACUGGUGAAGAAUACAGCAAUGAAAUCUGGCAACCACCAAAGGGACAAACAGGAGAUGGAAGAACAUUCCUGAAUGACAAAUAUGGCUAUUAAUUUCAAAUUAACAAUAGCUAUUAUAUUGUGUUUUCACUUUGUUUCCGUGUACAAGAUUUUGUAAAUAAAUAUGAUUUUAUAUAUA